AAACGGGUUCUUUCCCGGCCGGUCCUCUACUCUGCCAGAGCGGGGUUCGGCGGGGAGAACGCUGCUACACGCCCGCCUUCUGCGGCCGGAGCCGCUUAGAGCGAGGCUGCCGCAGCACGAGGCUACUUUUCCUGGCAACGAUCCAGGAAAAGCCCGGUUUAACCGCCGGCCGCUCGACCAUUGCACGGGUCUCCUAGCCGCGGGACAGCGAAAGGGGGCGGAAGCUGAAUUAAGCUCUCCCCGGAGGGGAGAGCGCUCCAGGGAGAGGCGGGGAGGGAAGGAGGAGUGUCGCGAAGUUUAAGGCCAGCAGUGGAUUAUCCGGGUCAUUUUGCGUCCAGGGGCUACGAAAUGCGCGGAGAAGACAAGGGCAGGAUCGGUGGUGGUGGUGGCGGCAGCGGUACGGGCCUGGCCAGCGCCGCGGCGCGGGGGCAAGUGGAGGCCGUGCGGCACCUCCUAGAAGCCGGCGCGGAUCCAAACGGAGUCAAUCGCUUCGGGAGACGCCCGAUCCAGGUCAUGAUGAUGGGCAGCGCCCGCGUGGCCGAGCUGCUGCUGCUCCAUGGCGCGGACCCCAACUGCACCGACCCCGCCACCCUCACCCAACCCGUGCACGACGCCGCCCGGGAGGGCUUCCUGGACACGCUGGUGGCGCUGCACCGAGCCGGGGCGCGGCUGGACGUGCGCGACGCCUGGGGCCGCCUGCCCGCGGACCUGGCUGAGGAGCGGGGCCACCGCGACGUCGCCCUGUAUCUGCGCGCGGCCGCAGGAGACUGAUGGCAGGUGCCCCCUGCCGCCCACAACGUUUCUCUCUCCAGUUCCCACGCCCAACUUUAAAUGAAGGCUACAAAUGUGGAGCGGCGGAAAGCCUUAUUGCCUUCCUGCGUGACUGGGCUCCUCGCGGGGAAGAAGGGAUAGACUGGGAAUAAAUUAUUUUAUGUUGUUCUUCCCCUGGAUCCCGCCCUCGCCACUCACCUUGAAGCAAAACAGAGGUGGGGCAAAUGGAUUUCCCGAGAGAUUUAGGAGCGGAAUGCGAAGUUCCCGGGUGUCGUUUUUUUUUUCCAGGAUUUUCUCCGAAAAGCGGCAUGUGAAGAAGUCCUGAAUGACCCCGGGUGCCUGCGAAUUUUCACCCAGAAGAUGCUGGGGGCGGAGUGGGAGGCGGCGGUGAGUGGGAUUCGGGCACGACGCCGUGAUAAGCUCGCCCCACUCGCCUUGAAGGAGCCCUGUGAGCCUCCGCUUCCGGCGCUGGGCGCUGGCGGCUGUGAGGGAAAACCUGAGCCUUUGGGGUCCAGACGAGGACGGCGGACAGAUCCGUCAGUAGGCGCCCAACGCUUUACACGCAGUGCAUUACAGGCAAAUGAUACUCACUGGAAGCCCGGAGACUCGCGCCCAACUCCACUGGAUAGUGACGGGGAAGAAAAGCCACAGGAGCCCCUGCGAAUUCGCGCACGCUUUAAAAUCCCUCGGUCAAGGUGACGCACAACGGCUCUCAGAAAGGGGCUGGCACUUGCUGUUCGCAAUUCUGUCGAGGUGAGAUUCCUGCGGCGUUCCUGACGUCAGCUCACAGUGACGUGGUAGAUUGCAGUGAGAGCAACUGUAGCAAUUAACUGUAACGAUAUGCUUCAUAUAUAUAUACUAUCGGCUACAGAAGCCCCCCCCCGUGAAAUUCCCAGUAUUUUUGUUGUUCAUUAACAAUCGCACUUAAUGGAGAGGCUUUAAAUACAGUAGCUCAUGUUCCUUGGUGAGAAAGUAAGGGAGAACUAAAGCUCUUAAAUGAAACAUAAUGCCAACGCCUAAUUAGUUUCACCUUCAACCUAUUUAUUUCUUCGUUAAAUUUUUUUUUUUUUUACUGUUUCCUUUUAAGAGUGUCUCAGGGGUCAAACUAUGAAAUAUUCCAAAUGUCUUUUAGAAGGGGUCGAUGCACUUACGCAGUAAAUUAUCUCCGGACAUUUACCAAAAGUUUGCUCAAAGAGUAGACUGAGUAUAGAAUUGUUGAAAAUAUAUGAUGAAGGCUCUGGAAUGUAUAUCUGCUGAACAAACUAAAGGUGCAUUGCUUUGGGAUUUAAUUACCAGUGUUGCUUGAUUCAUUACAGCAUUGGAACAACUGAUACUUCACUGCUUUAAUAAAGAAAAAAUAAUAGAGAUUGGACUCCCAAGAUGUGGGUAAUUUGGUUUAAAUAUAUAUUUCAUGAAUUUACCACUAACUCCUGAGAAAUGUUAAAGGCUUAAAGGGGUUCACUUCUCUUUAAGAUAUUCACUCUAUGGUGGUGCAAAGUAAGUCUGUCUAGCUCCAAAGCUUCUGGUUACAUUUUUGUUUUUCCACUGCACCAUCCUGUUCUCCAACAUCAUUAAUGAUAGAUAUAAAGCAAGCUAAUCUUUUUAAGCAGAAACAGGAUCUCCCUUGUAAGUUUCUAGGAUCUUUUUCUUUCUAUAGUAUUUAAUAAAUCUGAACACUGUUUUCUACUUUAAAAUAUUAAAAAUAUGAAGAAUAGCCUCCAAAGACCUAAAAAAAGGAUUUGGGGAACAAAGGAAAUGGAAAUCCCAUUUCAAAUUAAGUCAUAGGGACAGAAAACACAAUUUUAAUUAUCAAUUAAGCACCCAACUACUAUCGGUUUUAAGAACAGUAUUUUAAAGUUUAUAUCGUUUUUAUAAUUACUAAGAAGUAUUGUGCAUAAAACCCAAGUGAUCGUUUAAAAUCUUUCAUUUCACUUAUGAAAUCCCUUAUCUUGUCCUCUACUUAAGUUCCAAGAUAUUCAAAUUUGCUAGCUCCAAGAGGCUGAGUAAUGAAAAAUAAUACUCCCUUGAAAUACAUAUGAAACCUGUAACUUCACUUCUAAUUUAAAGAAAUUGUGGAGUCUGGUAACAAACUGGUAUCAAGGAAAACCAAAAAAAGAUGUGGUUGUGUACUUCACAGUACCAUACUACAUUGUUUCUGUUUCUUUUGUACACACACACAUCAAAACAUUAUUGGAAACCAAACCACCUGGCUGCACUGAAAUAGUAAUUUAUUAAUGUAUGUAAAUUCAACUUUCAAAACCACCUGGUAGACAGGUUUGGCUAGUGUGUUUCAUCGGCAGCACAAGGAGGUAUACACUGUUAAAUAUGUUAAAAGAUUUAUUUUGAAGGAUACAUACAAACAAACAGCUCUACAUACAUGAGCCCUGAUUCUGGCUGCACUGUGGAAUUACAAAAAAUAAGCAUGUAUAUUUCUGUAUCUAAGUCUAAAAUAUUACCAAGUUGUGUGCAAAUCUUACUACCUAACCUUCAUUCCAACAUGUGGAAGUGAAACAAAUUCAGAACUUAAUAACUUAUUCAUGUGACCUUGUUUUUAUAUUUUCUUUUUCAACUGAGUGGAUGGGUGAAAAAACAAAGAUGAUUUUCUAUGAAAGCAAAA